AUGAACGCGAACGCUGCAGAGUUUAACCCUAGCGGAAACUCGUCUUCUGGAGCUUUGUCUGGUGGGGGCAGCAGCGCUGCCAACUCGGGCAACUGGGGCGAUAAGGGCGGAGGCGGGGCGGGAGGGCGACGGGGAAGCGCGGCGUUGUCUGCUUCCACUUCAGGAAACUACGCCGAUGGGAAUGCUAGAGGCUCCGCCUCUUCUGGCUUUCGCCACAUAGGGCCGGGUACGCAAGCCCGACCUCGAAAGCAGGAACAGCGUAGGCAGAACAAAAAGAAUGCCAGGAAUCAACAGCAAAUGGUUCCAGGCUUCCUUGAUGAUUAUCAGCUAGAUCCGGCGUUUGGGUCGCCAAACAAACGAGGACAGAUCAGCUUGAACCAUCUGCUGGGCUUCCAGCUUCCACCGCGCCAGCGUCCCACUCAAAGUCGGGUUGUAAAGCGAAAGAGCAGCGCAUAUUACGAACCUUACAACAAGGAACGAUUCGUGAAUGCAAACUUCCGGUUCAUCAUGGACGAAAGCGGUGACUACACCGUCAACGUUUUCGACCCGGACGUCAUUGUGAACUGGGAGAGCAUCGUCCAGGCUGUGGUCCCGAUCACCAAGCCAGCAAGCUGCCCGAUCUGUCUCUCGCCGCCGAUCGCCCCGAAAGUGACGAAAUGUGGGCAUGUGUAUUGCUGGCACUGUGUCACGCAUUACCUGCAUCUUGGCGAGAAGAAGUGGCGCAAAUGCCCGAUUUGCUACGAUGCGAUCUACGCGAAAGAUCUAAAGCCGGCACGGUUCUCAUACUUGCAAGAGGUUGGGAAGGCGUCUGUCAGUCAGCCGGCUAAGGUGGAGAUGAUUUUGAUGAAGCGGGCAUUGAACUCCACAAUCACACUUCCCCGUAUCGCCUACCAUACAUGGAACCAGGUGGACGGCAAAGCCCCGCCCUCGAUCGCCAACGCGAACGCAGUUCCCUACGCAAAGCUGAUGCUCUCGAGCCCCGAGUAUCUCCAGUCGGAGAUCCUCGAGAAUGAGCGCCGGCAGUUGAAAGAUCUGCUCAGUGAGACGAUCAAGGAGGAAGCGGUGGCGAAGGCGAUGGCUGGGUCUAGUCGCACCCAGGUUGAGGCGCAGGGUGGGAUGGGGAGCGAACGGCCGUUUGUGGAGGUGGCUUUGAAGGAGGUUAAGGACGCGUUGGAUGAGCUGGCUCGCAAGAAUACAUUGCUUGGCAGCACGCGGAAGAAAGCUGGUGCUGGUCCAUCAGGCGAUACCCAGGUGCCCGACUUGAUACAUGCACCGAAAGUGCCGGAACCGUCUGUGCCGACCUGGACCGAGGCGGACCUUGCCGCCCAAGCGAAAAGAUUCCAGGAGGAGCACAAAGAUGUGGAUGCGGCGUUUCCCGACGAUGACUUCGCCGAAUCUGGGGACACGGAAGAGAAGGAACCGUCGCACGCGGGAUCGUCAACCGCGCAAGUAAUAUCCGACGAAACCCCAAGUUCCACCGAAAGCGCAUCCUCGCCGCCCGCCGCCUCUGAUCUCCUCGACCGCAAAAAGCAAACCGCAAACCCGUCGAAACCCCCCUCUGACGGGAUGUAUUACUUCUACCAAUCCGUCGACGGCCAGCACCUCUACCUGCACCCAUUGGACAUCAAGGUGCUCAAGUUCGAGUAUGGGGAGUACGAGAGCUUCCCGGAUCGGUUGGUCGUUGAUGUUAUCAAGGUGCAGGAGAGUACCAUGAACGAGGAUUUGAGGCGGCGGUGCAGAUACCUGGGACAUAUACCAUUGAGCUGUGAUGUUACGUUUUGCGAGAUUGAUCCUACGCCGUUGGUUGCGGCGACGACUCGGACCGCUUUUGAGAAGGAACUCUCCCAGCGCAUCAACAAAUACAAAGCGCAAGAGCGCAAAGAGAAACAAGAGCACGACGCUUCCAAACGGAUCUCCGUCCCAUCCACCAGCCAUUUCAACGCCACACCACCCCAAGGCGACGCGCCCUACGCCUCCUCCUGGGAAGAAGACUACGCCGCCCAAUUUCCCUCCGCACAACCCCAACCCGCAGGCGACCUUUCCACCUCCCCAACCUACGACCUCCGCGGGGAUCUCAUCUCCGGCGCCGCUCGCACCACUUCCGCCGCCCCAUCCUCCUUCGCCCGCAUCGCGGCAACCUCCGCCACCUCCGCCACCCCCUGGACGCGCCGUGCACCCAAAUCGUCACGAUCCUACAACCUUGAAGAUGACGACGACGACUACCUCAUCGACGACUAUCACGGCUGGACGCUCGAUUUCGAGGAGGCGGUCAUGACUGACGAUCGGCCGAUGCGCGGGGGUGAUCUCGGGGGCAUGGGGAACGGAGCGAAUGGAGUUCGUGCACCGGGUGGCGGGCCGAAUGCGAAUGCUGCGAGUGGAGGCGGAGGGAAGAAAGGGAAGAAGAAAGGGGUGACGUUGGUUACGAAUGGGGGGAGGAGGGGGAGGCAGUAG